AUGGCGCACAUCGUGGCCAGCAGCCAGCACUGCCUGCCCCAACAGCCCGGUCAGGCCCUGGCGCCCCUGCCCACCUCGCCUGCCAAGGCCCCCCUGAGGACGGCCGUGGCCGGGGCGCACAACCCGAACUCGGCUGGGGCUCGGAACAUGGGAAGUCAAGAGGGUGACAUGCUGGAAGCACAUCGGGACGCAGGGAAAGGCCCUUUGGGAGACAGGCACAAGUUCAUAAAGUUCAAGCUGGAAAAAAGAGGUGUACGGAAAAGCAGCAAGGAUGCUGAGGAGCCUGUUCAGUUUCACAAAGGUGGGGGAGAAGUGGGAAGGCAGUUCUUGGACGUGCCAAUGGAUCUUUGUGAUCGGACACUAAAGAUAGUGCAUCCAAGCGACAAGACUGUUCGGACAGGGAAAGUCCUCUCCUGGAACAGCCAGAAGAAAGAGCACAGGAUCACAUUGGCUGGUGGGGAAACUCUUGAUGUUGACCUUACAACGAGUGAUUGGCUCCUUUGCAAUGAGGCAGCAGCAGGGCGAGAAGCGACUACAAGGGAGGCAAAUGGAAAUGCAGCACAGGGAGACACCCCUCACACAACAAAUUACAGCUCAGACAAAACUGAUCGGGAAUUGGACUUUGAUGGUGUGGGAUCUGGAAAAGGCAGUCGGAAAAGGCCAGCUAACAUGGCGCUGGAUGAUCAGUUUGGCUUACCUCAGCUUUCGCAUGGGAUUGGCUUGAUACCUCCCAAGGGUCGUAGACCGUACAGACAGGGUGGCUGCAAGGCUGGACGGUACAUGAAAACAGAGGACCUUGUAGGACGACGGGUGCACAUGUGGUCAUCCAAAGAUUCUGUAUAUGUGGCUGCGGGUGUGGCUGAGUACGAUCGAAGUCAGGGCUUGCAUAAGGUCAUCUACUUGGAUGACACCAGUGAGUGGAUAAACAUGGAAUCAGCCAUCUGGAGACUUGGAACCAGUGAGCAUGAUUUCCUAUACCCAGAACAUUUUGACAGAGAUGUGCUGGGUCAGGAUGGCACCCGCGACCAGCUGUUGUCAUUUGAUGGGCAGAGAGACAUUGCGGCUGCUGGACUUGUGGCAUUAGCGGGUGCCGACAGAGGCACUGCCGUGGCAGCAGAUGCAAAUGAUGGCAUGGGGGCAGAUGAAGCACCUAGAACUACUGACAUGGGCCCUGAAGUCGGCAAAAAGUUGGUGGCAUCCUCUAUGGAGUUCCAGGUGCAUAAGGUGAACACCCCAAAUAGUGGGUAUCAUGUAUUGUGCUCCGUACCUCCUGGCACCAAGAUAGGCGAUGUCCACGUCACUUGCGGAAAUGCAUGCAUCAUCAUUGAACAUGGCAAGAACAAGAAGCAGGAG